UCCUUGUGUUUCCUGGCAACUGCUGCUAACGUGGAUACUGGAAUCGUGCCUAAUCCGCUGCGAAAAGAAACUAUGUGGGGCAUGUGAACUGGUGAUUAACGAUCUGGAACCUAUUGGAUGUGGUUUCUGCGGAAAACUCUUCCACAUCAGUCAACAGUGUUGUGGGUUCAAUAUCCGGCUCAAUAGAGAACUUUUCACGCAGGGCAAGGUAAUAUUUGUUUGUACCCCCUGUCGUGCUGAACUCAACGGGCGCAGCAUUCGUUGCUAUAUCGACGAUUUUGCAUUGAAGAGAGAUAAUCCCGCUUCAAAUAGUGAUUACUCUGGUAAUGGCCUCGAUAAGCUUGCGCUCCAGCUCGAGCUAUUAUCGAAAAAGGUAGAUGACAUAGCUUCAUUGCAAAACCCUACAAUGACGAUACACUCAUUUCCACCACUGAAAGGGACACCACAAGCGCGUCCAUCCCCUAACUAUAAGCGUCGCCGUGGCAAUGACGGACUUUCACUUGUGUCGUCUACAAUGACUGGGACCAAGUCCGUCGAUCUCAGUGAUCUUUCUGUUCCAUUCAUUGUACCUCCACCCCCGACACCUAAGUUCUGGCUUUAUUUAGCUGGACUUCAGCCCCAGAUUACGGAUGAGGAUGUCAGCAAAAUAGUUUCCCGCUGUCUGGAUUUAACUUUGCCAGUAGACGUCAAGCGACUGCUUCCGAAAGGUGUGGACGGAUCCACAAGGAAUUUCGUCUCAUUCAAAAUUGGAUUAGACCCAGCAUAUAAAGACGUCGCGUUGUCCCCAUUGACCUGGCCUACGGGGAUCCUCUUCCGGGAAUUCAUUGAUCAGCCAAAAAACUUCAACCGACGGCCCUUGACUCCUUCCCCAUCGGUUCAAGUUACCCAGCCAGCCGCGGAAGCCUUCACACCGAACAUAGUCAGCACUGUUCGGUCUAUGACCGCACCUGCGCCUCCGAAGUAGUCGAACCAAGAAUCUUGGUGGUUGGUGGAAUUUGCCCAGUUCCCACCUCAGCUGAUAACGACGACGAGACCAUAUCUCUAUGCCGAUUAUUUCGUGACGGUUCAUCGAUUCCAUAUAAUGCUUCUUGGGUUUCUCCACUGGGACGCAACGAACUCCGCACUUGGGAGGCCUCAAAGCCCCUCGACUCAGUCGCGCCGUUUCCAGCCAGCGUCAUCAGUCGUCCCAGCCCUGAGUUCGAUUUUGGCAAUGAGGUCCUCCAGCCUACUCA